GUAUUGGGCAGAGAACUUUAUAGGAGGUCAAGGGGUAUUUUGAACUGCUUUAGUGUCCUAGUUAGGGCUUUGGCACCGAGCUAGUAAAGAAAAAGGGGCUCUUCGUCUUCAACGAUCAGCCAUGGCGGACGACGACUACAUGGAUGAAUUGCCGGGAUAUGAAGAUGAGCCGGAGCCUGAGAUAGAGGAAGGCAUUGAGGAGGAUGUUGAGAAUAAUAACAAUGAGGAUGCUCCUGGAGAACCCAUUGAAACUGAGGAUAAAGAAGAUCAGGAACCUGUGGAGCGUCCUCGUAAAACUUCAAAAUAUAUGACAAAGUACGAGCGUGCCAGAAUUUUGGGAACUCGUGCUCUGCAGAUCAGCAUGAAUGCUCCUGUGAUGGUUGAGUUGGAGGGCGAGACAGACCCACUUGAGAUUGCUAUGAAGGAACUCAGAGAGCGGAAAAUACCUUUCACCAUCCGUCGCUACCUCCCUGAUCAAAGUUACGAAGACUGGGGAGUGGAUGAACUGAUUGUGGAAGACUCAUGGAAGAGGCAAGUGGGAGGUGAUUGAUCAACUGGCAUUUGAUCGUUGCCGGCAGUAUGAUGUCACUGUUAACUCUAAGUCACUCCCUUGAAACACUGGAUUAUCAGUUAAUCAUUACCAGAUGAUGCUUCCAAAUAUGUAAUCUAUGCAACAAUUGGUGUGUCCCUGGAACAAGAUGAUCGGCUACUGUGUUUUAUUGUGCUCGAUUCUGAACUCAUCUUGUUGUUUGAACAUCUCUCCUAGGUUAAAUUUAUGUCUUUGAGUUGGGGAUUAGAUUUCAAAUCUUUUAUUAAAUCUAAAAGAUUUCUUAACAUUAGUUGAUCAUUAAUGAAGAUGAGAUUUUAUUUA